AUGGCGUUCUCGCCACGACAAGAGCAGACGCAGCCGAAGAGCAUGAGCAUUGCUAUGAAGUCGAUCCCACAACUCCUCACACCAGAAGAACACGCUGCGGACAGCUUCUCCAUCAGCAAGCCCUUGCCGUCGUUCCAGACCGCUGUGCCAUCGCCGCCAGCAUCGCCAGAGUUCAACUCGUUCAACACAGAGUCGCACUUCCGAUCAAACGACGACAUCCUCUACCCAGAUCACACCCACGUGCAGAGCAAGCCGUCCGAGCGACCACUGUUCGACGAAGAGAGCCGCUGGGACGUACAACAACGACAGCCUACACCAGCGACAGAACGGUCGCUAUCGAUAUCGACACCCUCCGGUAGCCCAGAGCAGAGCGUAGCACGUCCACUGAAGGAGAACUUCGAAAAGCCCUCGUACGAACACCCUCGUGUGGUUCAAGAACAGGAGCCCAUCGGACCUGUGCAGCUGUACAACACCUACGGCCUGGACUACUAUCGCUACAUGUUGUCGCAAAGUGAAGACCACCGGAAGCGACGACAGGAAGCACGCCAGCUGCCUCCACCAAAGGACACGAAGGCAGCACAACGCGACGAAUACACACGACGGGUCCUCGCAUCGAUAGGUCAAUCAUAUCGAGUGUCGAAGGCAAAGGCGACUGCCCAGGCACAGCCACAACCCAAGCCAAAGACAUCGCGACCACUGUCUUCGCGGGCAUCGGUCAAGCCAGAGUCACUCCCAGCACCGGUCAAUGAGUCACCAUCGCCAAUCAAGCGUAGCCGAAGGCAGCCAUCGACCUCUGACGCCGCAUUUGGUACUUUGCCACACAUCGCGCAGCCCAAGCCACGCACACGAGCGGCACCAAGCAAGAAGAUCGAUGGCGAGGACGAGCAGUGGUACAACAUCCCUGACUGCACCCCACCACUCAGCUAUCUCGACGAACCAGAUGUAAAGCUUGCUGCUCAGUGGAAUAACGGCAACACGCUCAACCUUGACAACGAUCCCAACCGGGAACACCUCCAUCCUCAGGAACUCGAUGUCGCUGCAGUCCUUCGCCUACCUUGCAACAAGUACCUCGCCAACAAGCGCCGCGUUUUCAACGAACGCCUGAAGUCGCUGAAAGAAGGUCGAGACUUCAACAAGACUUCAGCACAGAAUGUCACGAAGAUUGAUGUGAACAAGGCAAGCCGACUGUGGCAAGCUUUCGAUAACAUCGGCUGGUUCGACGAGAAGUGGUUCCAGGAGCAUCUCAAGAAUGGUGCUUAG